GGGCUGAUCUCAGGCAGCUCUUCCGGUGGAGACGUGGCUCAGUCCCGCUGCCAUAUUAACGCUAGUUGGCUAGCAAGCACACAGCAUCACCUCACCUUUACACCUGGACCGCUCUAUUCACCGAAGCCCCACCAAAAAAAUAAACAACAAACCGAAGAUAACCGCUUCAACCGCACAGAGACGAAAAUGGUGCUGUUGGCAGCGGCGGUGUGCACCAAGGCCGGAAAGGCCAUAGUUUCCCGGCAGUUUGUAGAGAUGACCCGGACACGAAUUGAGGGUCUGCUUGCAGCGUUCCCCAAAUUGAUGAACACUGGCAAGCAACACACCUUUGUGGAAACUGACAGCGUUCGCUAUGUUUACCAGCCGCUGGAGAAGCUCUACAUGGUCCUAAUCACCACCAAGAACAGCAACAUACUGGAGGACCUGGAGACCCUCAGACUUUUCUCUCGUGUGAUUCCAGAAUACUGUCGUGUGCUGGAGGAGAGUGAAAUCUCAGAUCACUGUUUUGACUUAAUCUUCGCCUUUGAUGAGAUUGUUGCGCUGGGAUACAGAGAGAACGUCAACCUGGCACAGAUCCGCACCUUCACAGAGAUGGACUCCCAUGAGGAGAAGGUGUUCCGUGCUGUCAGAGAGACUCAGGAGCGUGAAGCCAAGGCUGAGAUGAGGAGGAAGGCCAAGGAACUGCAACAGGCUAGAAGGGAUGCGGAGCGCUCUGGAAAGAAGGUUCCAGCGUUCGGUGGCUUCGGCAGCGGUGGCAUGUCCAGUGUUUCUUCAGGAUCCAUCAUUACAGACACAAUAGUAGAGCCAGAGAAGCCAAAAAUCACACCUACACCUGUCAGACCCAGUGGACCAAGCAAGGCGCUGAAACUCGGUGCUAAAGGGAAAGAAGUUGACAACUUUGUCGACAAGCUCAAGUCAGAAGGUGAAACGAUCAUUUCCACAGCUAAGAGAGGCUCUGAUGCCUCCAAAGUUCUGCCACCGCCAGUCAAUAUGGAAAGUGUUCACUUGCGUGUGGAAGAGAAAAUCUCGCUAACCUGCGGGCGUGACGGUGGCCUGCAGAACAUGGAGGUGCUGGGUAUGGUGACGCUCAGAGUCACAGAUGACAAGAACGGACGUAUCCGGUUAGUGGUCAUCAAUAACGACAGCAAAGGACUGCAGCUGCAGACUCACCCCAAUGUGGACAAGAAGCUCUUCACAACAGAAUCUGUGAUCGGCCUGAAGAACCCAGAGAAGUCCUUCCCACUCAACAAUGACGUUGGUGUGCUGAAGUGGAGACUACAGACCUCAGACGAGUCCCUCAUACCUCUAACCAUAAACUGCUGGCCUUCAGAGAGCGGAAACGGCUGCGACGUCAACAUCGAGUAUGAGCUGCAGGAGGAGAGUUUGGAACUCAACGACGUUGUGAUCAGCAUCCCAGUGCCGUCCGGCGUGGGCGCUCCCCUCAUUGGUGAUCUAGACGGCGAGUACAAGCACGACAGCAGGCGAAACAUCCUGGAGUGGUGCCUCCCCGUCAUCGACGCCAACAACAAAACCGGCAGCCUGGAGUUCAGCAUUAACGGGCAGCCCAACGACUUCUUCCCCGUCACUGUGUCCUUUGUGUCUAAACGCAGCUACUGCGACAUCCAGGUCUCCAAAGUGACCCACGUAGAUGGCGACAGCUCCGUCAGAUUCUCGUCAGAGACCUCCUUCGUUGUUGACAAAUAUGAAAUCCUGUAAAAAUGUCCAGAAAUGGGGAAAAAAUGAAGAAAAAAAGGAAUCAUCAUUGAAAAAAAAAAUCUAUGCUACAGAGAAAGAUUGCCGAUUUCUUGCUUGCCCACCCUUUCUACUCUUUCAGAGACUGUCUGAUCGCUGGACCUCGGCGCCGAGCGGCUCCCGCUGGUGCAGCAGUGGUGUAUUUAUGUUUGUACGAGAGAGGAUCAUCUAUAUGUAGAUUUAUUGAUCUGGAUAACCUACGACAAAAGUUCACUCUGGUGCUGUCAAGCAGGACUGGAAUGCACUUCAGAGGUGGAGGAUGACUGGGGUGGGGGUGGUUGCUGGACCAUUGAGAGCAUCCUCCAUGAGCUUCUUAGCUUCGCUCUCAGUGUGAAGCUGACCACAGUUUUCUUUGUCUUUUUUUCCCCCCACAAUUCCUGCAUUUGUAGUCGCUUGGAAAUCGUAUCGUGAUUUGCUUUCUUGAUACUUUUUUGUUCUUGUUUGCUGGAAAGCUCUUCUGUCUCUGCAAUUACAGUUGUUAUACGAAGGUGUGUCUUCUUUUGCAUCUUCUUUCUGCGGUAUUAUACUGUUUUUGUCAUUGGGAUCGUGAUCAAGGAAGAGAUGGGCUCGGAGGGGAACGCUCCGCUUCCCAGUGGCGUCACAACCAACUACAUAAUUGCAUCCGGUGAAAAGUGCUGUUAUCACACUCCCCUGAUACAAGCUGACUCCCUUUGAUAACAUCAUCAACUGUACUUUGAUCACAGUCUCCAAAGAAUUCUUCGGCGCCCAGUCAAAUCUCAACUUCUACAUCUCAGUCGAGAGAGUGUGUGUGUGUGUUGAGAAGAAGUGCAGCCCGGAUCCCAGCCAGCCUGCCAGCCUGACUUCAUACCCCAGGUCAUCCUUCACUUCUGCUUUCAUUAAACAAUGUUUCUUUUGUCUCAUUUGUACUCCCCAGAUUUCAAUUUAGCAAAGGUUGUGGGGUUGAAAAUGGAUAAGCAUUUUUAACAAAUUACUGAAGGGGAAUCUUAACAUUCCAGUGUACAAUUAGAGAAAAGAAUCUUUAAUAAA